GUGGAACAGACGCGCUGUACGGUUGGCAACUACCUCUUGAUCGUUACGCUUCGUUCGAAAACGGGUGAACUGUACAGACAAUCGAACGUUAUUCCAUCGAAUUAAAUAAACAAGUUUGAUGUGUUUCCAGUGUCGCUAUGGAUUUGAUUUUUAAAAUGGAUUUGAUGCGGAAACUAGACGUAGGGGGAAAAAGUUUUUGUUCGAAUGGAAAACGUUAGUAACAUCAAUGAAGCAAGCGGUCGAUGAUAAUGGAUAUGAGGUUCUUCUCACGCUUUAUGAAAUGUGGUAUACACGCCCUUUUUAUAAUCAUUCAUAUUCAGACACUGCAAGGAAAAGAACAACCACAAUGUCCGAGCUUAACAGAAAACCCAUUUUGUCCAUGUUACAGUUCUGAAUUAGGUUUAAGUUUGGAGUGUCCUAGAGCUACACCUGAUGUUGUAAAAAAUGUGCUUACGAAGAUAAAGGGAACAAUUCGCUAUUUAUCAAUAGAUGAUUUAGACAAAUCAACAAAUGAAUUGGAGAUAGGGCUUUUUCCUUCACAUGUGAAAAUAAACAAUUUGCAAAUAGCGAGAUCUGCCAUAAGGAGAGUAAGCCCAAACGCUUUUACAGCAGUUCGGGAGUCACUGGGAUCUUUAAGCAUCGUGGCCAGUAAAUUAAACAGGAUACCACAUGAAGCUUUAAUUCAUCUUAAUAAUAUUGAAGCAGUUGACUUCCAAGUUAAUGAUAUAAAAGAUAUAGAAGCAAAUGCCUUUCAAAAUUUGAAAUUGAAAGAAAUAAAUGUAAGAGGAAAUAAAAUUGCAAAUAUUUCUGAAAAUGCUUUCGUCGAUCUCGGUGAAACAUUAGUCAAACUGGAUAUGUCGCACAACUUUCUUGAAACUUUUCCUUUACAAUCACUCGUAAACCUCAAAAAACUUACAAAACUAAGAUUAAUUUCAAAUAAAAUUUACACAAUACCGGAAAAUAUUAACGACACGAUACCUAAUUUAACUAGCUUGGACUUAAGUUCAAAUGUAUUUUAUAGAAUAGAUAAAAAUUGGUUUACGAGUAUGCCUAAUUUAGAAACAUUAAUAUUAGUUGAAAAUGAAAUCAAAGAUAUUGCCGAAGAAGCAUUUAGUUCUUUAGAGCAUUUAACUAACCUAGAUUUAAGUCGAAAUAAUAUUAUUAACAUAGAAAAAAAUACAUUUCAAAGAAAUGUGAAUAUUGAAUCUAUAGACUUAAGGUAUAACCACUUACAUCAUGUAAAUGGUUUAUUUGCCAAUCUUAAACAUCUAUCUGAAAUACUUUUAUACGAAAAUAAUAUUCUGGAAAUAUCAGAUGACACAUUUUAUAAAACCACAGGUUUAAUUGUUCUUAAUAUAGAGUAUAACGCUAUACGCUUACUAAGUCCAAACUGUUUUGAUUUUUUACAAAACCUUACUCAACUUCAUAUUGGAAAAAACUUUUUGAAAACCCUUCCAACUAAUAUUUUCAAAUUCAAUCAAAGACUUGAAUUACUAAGUUUAGAUAAUAAUGAAAUUAAAGAGUUAGAUGAUUCAUUAUUUGAUAAUUUAGUAUCAGUACAAGUGUUAAGGUUACAAAACAACAAAUUAACACACGUAAAUAGCAAUAUAUUUAGCCCACUUUUGGGGCUUUUAGAGUUGCAUUUACAAGGUAAUUCUAUACAAACUAUUGAUACAAAUGCUUUUAUAACACUGAUAAAACUUCGAAACAUUUAUUUGCAUGAUAACAGAUUGAAUAUAAUAGGCGAUAUAUUACCAAAUCAAAAUUCUUCAUUAACUUACAUAAAACUAACUUCUAAUCGGUUGUCGUUGUUAAAAGAUAGCUUCCUUAGAGGACAAAUAAAUUUAAAGUGGAUGUGGCUAUCUGAAAAUUAUAUCAAAAUGUUAACCCCUUUUAUGUUCAGUGAUUUAUUAAAUAUUCUAGUACUACAGUUAAAAAAUAAUAGUAUAAUGCACAUAGAGAACAAAACAUUCGGAAAUCUAAAAAAAAUCGUAUUUUUAGAUUUAAGCUAUAACAAACUAAGUGAAAUACACAAUGAAACCUUUUAUAAUCUUGUAACCUUAGAAGAACUGUUGUUGAAAUGUAAUAACAUAAAACAUAUAGCAAAAGAUUCUUUCCAAUAUCUCAUUAAGUUGAAAACACUCGAUUUAUCUGAAAAUGAGAUUUUUUCUUUAAAUUUUAAUAUUUCUACUCUACCAAUCAAACAAAUUCGCUUAAGUCAAAAUGUAAUAACUACAAUUUUAUCAGAUACUUUACAAAAUUUACCUAAUUUAAAUGAUUUGGAGUUACAAAUGAACUAUUUAACUUGGGAAGAUGUAAUUCAAAUAUAUAUUCCUGGUUUAAAAACUCUUGUUUUGUCAAAAAACGAUUUUACACAUCUUGAUAACAGAACUUUUUCCCAUUUACUAUCACUUCGAACUCUAACAUUGGAAACGUCAAACAUAUCGCAGUUACCUCCAUUAAUUUUUAUUAAAAACCAAAAUUUACUUAAAAUCAACCUUGCGUAUAAUAAUCUCAGAGAAUUGGAUAAGGAUGUAUUCGCAUAUACUACAAUAUUACAAGAGCUAAACUUAAAAGGUAACCGAUUUACAGAUUUUCCACAUGUUGCCUUAUUUAAUAUCAGUUCUCUUGAAACUUUAGACUUAAGUCAAAAUCAAUUGCAAAGUAUAGAUUUCUAUAAACUUAUAGGCUUGCACAAUUUAAAAUCUUUGAUUUUAUGUCAAAAUGAUAUUUCUGUUUUAUACGGCUUUAAAUCACCGUCGCUAAAAAAUUUAGCAUCUAUAAAUUUGAGCAAUAACAUGAUUACAGUGCUUCCACCAAAUUUUCUUCAACAUUCAGUUGGCUUAAAAGACGUAGAUUUAUCGAACAACUUGUUCAAACAUAUUCCUAAUAGUCUUUCGGAAUCCCUUUUUCCGUCAUUAAGAACAUUAAAUAUGUCUUUUAAUUCGAUAGAACAGCUACUACAGACAUAUCCAAUUAAACAAUUUCCGUCAUUAGAAGAGUUAAUCGUUACCAAUACAGAAUUGAUACUUAUAACUAGCGUAGACUUCGAUUAUUUUCGUUCAUUAAAGAAAUUAAAUUUGUCGCACAAUGUCAUCAAUCUACUUUCACCUGGUGCAUUUUCAAAACUGCUCAAACUUGAAGUGAUGGAUUUAAGUCAGAAUGAACUAGAAUACCUUCCAGGAGAAAGACUGCAAGGCUUGCACUCAAUACGCAUGAUCAAUGUAUCAAGAAACAUCAUUAAAGGAUUGGAAGAGUUUCCGUCAGAUUUACAGAAGUUACAAGUUCUGGAUUUAUCCUUUAACCAUAUUACAAAAAUAACAAAAAAUGCAUUCAGAAAUCUCCGAAGUUUGACAGAUUUAUAUUUGAAUGGUAACUGGCUUACAGUAAUAACAUCAGGCGUGUUUGCUAAGUUAAAGAAAAUAACACAUAUAGACUUGAGUCGAAAUUAUUUUCAAAUAAUACAGAUGACAAUAUUAGCUUCUCUUGAAACUCAAAUCGAAACUAUAUCAUAUGAUGAAAAUCCUAUUACUUGCGAUUGCGCAUCUCAAGAACUUUGGAAAUGGAUGCACGAUCACCACAAAAUUAUUUUAAAAGGAAGUAAAAAUUUGCGAUGUAAAUACCCCGAAGAGUUGCAUGGGUUGAGUUUUUUAGAAGUGAAAUCUCAAAAAUUUUGCGAUGUACCCAUCGUUAUUCGAAUCGCCAUACAAGACAUUCAGACACAUUCAGUUUUAGUUUCAUGGCAAAGUCGUAAUCAAUCUGGACUGAAUGGAUACCAAGUCGCUUAUUUUAGAGAACACAUGACAACCAUCGUUCAAGGGAAAAUCCUGAAUUCAACAGCGAGAACCACACGAUUAAACCAUCUGACGCCAGGGGCUAGAUAUGUGAUUUGUGUCAUUGCCAUCGUUGAUUUUGACAACACUCCUGGGUUGCCAAAUGCUAGAAUAGCGCUGACAUCAAUGGGAAACUCUGCGGUUAAUAAUGUACAUGGGGACGAAAUAAUAUUUACAGACCUUCAAACGAAUAUGAAUGAUUCUCAUACAAGUAAAUGCACAACGGUUCGUACAUUAGAAAUAUUUAAUACGCCGUUGAACAGUAAACUUUACAGUACUUUUAUGGAAAUCAUAGAAGUGUUGACGAGAAGACUAAGCUUGGUUGUGGGAUGUUGUAUAGCGCUGAUAGUUUUCAUUGUAUUCGUGUCAGUAUUAGGAUAUAUGCAGAAUAAAAAACGACCUGUACUGCCCAAAAACCAUAUUCAGCACCCGCCUCAGUAUAUAUCGUAUGAUAAUUAUGCAGAAACGAACGUAGAUACUCAGACCACUGAUCUAGAUAUAAACACUAUUUCUACACACAUUUCCAUAUGAGUUCUGGUUGUAAUAAUGUCUUACCGAUGUAAUACGUUCAAACAUUUACCGCCAUAUUCCUAAACAUGGAUAAAGGUUCAGGCUUCAAUUUUCUUCAAAGUAAAGUCGACCUAAAUUACGACUGUUUAAACUUCACUUUACUUUAAAGAAAUCUGAGGUUUAAAUCCUAAUCUAUGUCUAUUCAUAUGGCCUUAAAGAUACGUUAUAAAUAGUUGAAAGUCUGAUAAAGUGAACAAUUAAAAUUAUUAUAGGUUUUUUCAUAUUGUGAUAUCUGAAAUUCAUUAAUAUCACCUUGUUUUGACUUCAUAUAUUUUUAUUAAAAGUCUGAAAGGUAACUAUCCUAUAUUGGUGAUUUGUAUAGUAUAAAUUUUAAUUGUUUGAUUAUAUUAUAGAUAUAAUACUGGUGAUAUGAUGAUAAAACUGACUAGGUAAAUUGGUAAUUUAAACCUUUUGAAAAGUAUUAAUUAUUUCUAAUACAAUUUCAAAAGUAAUCGAAUUAGUCACCAGUAUUAUAUCUAUUAUUAUUUAUGGAUUUUAUAUAAGUUUUAUGCGGAGGCGUUAAACGUCUCAUGCUCUUGUAAUACAAUAUUUAAUUAAAUGUACCAAAAAUAAUUAAUUAAUUUAAAAGUAAAUUGUAUAUAUUGUAAAUAAAAAAACCCGCCAAACUAGAAGCGUAAUGUUUAUAUUGUAAUAAUUGUAAGUAAUUAAAAUAGUAAAACAAUAUAGCUUAAUAUCGACGAACGAACAUUUAUGGGAUUUUAAAGGCUAAGUUACUUUGUAAGUAAGACGAAAAUAUCAUCCUCUAGUUUAUGAAGAAUGUGUAAUUGCUACAGAUAGAAUUACUGUUUUAAAACUGAAACGAUCCAUUUUAAAAUAAAGGAUUGUAGUGUUGAUAAUAAAAGAAUUAAAAUAU